AUGGCAGCUAUGUUUAGCGACUGGGUGAUAGACUUGCCAGUUGAUAUCCAUCGUGACUUGAUUUUUAGCUUUACUGUAAUCAGAUUACUCAAGCUUGCUAAAGAAGGACAGAAAAAAAUAAAAAAUAAAGACGUCAUUAUGGGGGGACAACAAUCAGUUUUCACAGAAGAAGAACUACAAGACUACAAAGAUUUAACAUAUCUAUCGAAGAAGGAUAUCAUAAGAGCACAUAAGAGAUGGGUGGCGCUCGCUCCAGAAAUUUUAGAGAACGAUAUACGCGCGACGUUAAGCGCAGAAAAAUUGCUUAAUGACUUACCCGAACUCCGUGUGAAUCCAUUUGCGGAUCGACUUUGUAAGGUAUUUUCUUCCUCAGAAUCAAAUGAUGGAAGUUUAUGCUUCGAUGAUUUCAUCGAUAUGAUGUCCGUAUUUAGCGAAAGGGCUCCAAAGGCAUUAAAAAUUGAAUAUGCUUUCAGGGUUUAUGAUUUCAACGACGAUGACUUGAUUGAUAUAGCAGAUCUUACGGAGUUAGUUUCUAGGCUUUGCGGAGAAUCUGAGUUAAAUCAAGAAGAUAUCGAAAAUCUAAUUUCUAAGAUCUUUCAAGAAGCCGAUCUUGAUAAUGAUAGUAUGUUAACAUUUGCUGAAUUUGAACAUGUCAUUUCUAAAUCGCCAGAUUUUGAAAAACGUACUGAUAUGAUAUCUCUUGGAAUUCAAGGGAUGACUAUAACUGUCACUCGUGCUUAA